AUGACUUCAAAAUUGGUUCCUCCGCGUCCAGAGGAUGUCAUGGUAAUACGGAAAAUCCAGCCUGAUAUCGUCACUUUGAAUGUUCCUUUCUACCGAUUUGGAUACAGUGGCUCUCUAGCUGUAUUCUCACCAGUCUCUCUUACCCCAGAUGCCCGAGAGGCGGUAAAUUCCCUAGGCGGCAACGUCAAAUAUAUUAUUGCGCCGGACAUGGAACAUCACAUAUUCGUCACACCUUGGAAAGGAGCUUAUCCAAACGCCCAGAUCAUCGCACCGGAGGGCCUGAAGGAAAAACGCGAGGAGAACCCAGAAACAAAGGGUAUUGGAUUCGAUCACAUCUUCACCGCAGCCAACAAAAGAACUCUCAGAAUAUCAAAUGAGUUCCACGCCGACUUUGAUGUCGAAUAUGUCAAUUCGCACCCUAGCCGUGAAAUAGUCUUGCUACACAAGCCCUCCAAGACCCUCAUCGAAGCAGAUUUGCUCUUCAACCUUCCUGCCACCGAGCAAUUUUCGAAAUCUGGAGAGUCGGCCACACAGGGGAUACUCACAAAGAUAUUUAAUGCUAUUCAAACAACAAAGCCACCCGCGAUGGGUCAAAAGCGGUUUAUCUGGUAUCUCUUAUCAGCGAAAGAUCGCAAGGGUUUUGCGCAGUCAGCAGCUACUAUUGAGGGGUGGGAUUUCGAUCGGAUAAUUCCGUGUCAUGGAGAUGUCAUUGAAAGCGGAGGCAAGGAGAUAUUCCGUAAUUUGUUUGAGUGGAAUUUGGAGGCGGCGAAGAAGCAGACGUAA